GAGACGUAGGUGAAUGCGCGCGUGUCACGUAACGAGUAGCAUUAAAUUAUACGCCGCGGCGGACCAGACCAGGUGUCUACAGGCCCACGUCCGAGGGUGCGCACGAGUCGUACUCAGAAAUAUGACACAACAACCGGGACGACACAGGACGUACAGGCAGUACAGGUUCAAGCGGAAUCACGCCGAGACGCCGUCUCCGAAGCCAAGGAAGGUCGCGAACUUAGCGGGAUCAUCCGCAUGGCGAGAGCGCGGUGACCUGUGCUCGAAGACCGGAUCAACCAAGACGGCGCCGGCACGUCUGAAACUAGGGACGUCCAACGAGUAAACGUACGACGUCCCACUCGCAGGACCGGCAGCGUCGGACACGCGAAGCGAGGGUCUCGGUACAAGGUGCACUAUACACCACGAGCUGCUGGACGAAAGUGGCCAGCAGGUGGCAUUGCACCGCACGUGCGCGUUAAAGGUUCGGACUCUGCAACAGCGAAGAGCAGGUGUUCCUGCGCAGUCCGGAAAAGACCCGGACCGCACAAUCGACGUGCGAGAGGCGCGGAAGCGUCGAGAACUGCCACGGACGACUUCGGCGAUGCGUCGGAGAAUGGCGGAGUGCCGGAGCUGCCAGGUCAGCAGCAGUAAAGGCAGGGGGUCUGGCGCUACCAGUGCGUGUCGUGACAAGCAUGGCGGCUGCCGACGGCAACGUGGACGACGCCCUGACGAGCCUGCACUGGCUGCAGAACCUGAACAUCAUGACUCGCAUCGGGGCACCGACGCCUCCGACGCCGCCGGCGAGUCCGCCCGGGUGUGGCUCCGGGUGCGUCGCUGCCAAGGCCGCGCUGCACGGCUCCGCGGCCGCCCACAGCGCCGUCUCCAGGUGCGCGGCGGCUGUGGCGGCCGAGGAGCCCGACUACAAGAACCAGGGCUCGAGCAAGCCUCCGUACUCGUACGCGACGCUCAUUUGCAUGGCCAUGAAGGCCAACAAGAACAAGAUGACGCUCAGCGCCAUCUACAAGUGGAUACGCGAGAAUUUCCUGUACUACCGGAAUGCAGACCCCAGUUGGCAGAACUCCAUCCGCCACAACCUGUCUCUCAACAAGUGCUUCAUCAAGGUUCCGCGUAGCAAGGACGAACCGGGCAAGGGCGGCUUCUGGAGGCUGGACCCCGUCUACGCCGACUCCCUGGUCGACGGCGUCUUCAAGAAGCGACGACCCGCGCAGAGACAUCCCGGAGCGCCCGGCACCGCCACAGCGCCGAGCACGGGAGGCGGCAGCGGCGGCAGCUCCAAGAGGAACCGGAGGGACCGCGGAGGCGCCGCCAAGAACAAGCAGGCGGCGAUGGCGGCGCACGCCCUGAGCGUCGUCUCCUCGCUCCAGGGGCACAGCGGGCCCGCCGUCAUCGUGGAACGCGUCGAUCCGGCCGCCGUCGUGGUCAUGGACUCGGCAAACGUCGCGGGCGCGACCGCGUCGGCCUCGCAGCAUCACCUGGACGACGUGUGCGGCGACCUGGGCGACUCGCUCAAGAACGACCUCUCCUGGAUCCUCAGCGAGAGCGACCUGGACUUGGAGCAGCAGCUGGACCGGUACCGAAGCUCCGAGGACGCCGCCGCCGCGGCGGCCCUGCAGCUGGAGGAAGACCUCUUCGGAAGCGGCGGAGGAGUCGUCGACGGAGAGGUCACCGUCAACGGCUCCGUGCCGUCCACCUCGAGUCCCGACUGGUGGACGUGCUUCGGUCCGGGCAGCGGCGGCGGCGCCGAGCCGGCGUCGCUGUGUCUUCCGGUGGCGGCGGCGACUCCGGCGGUCGGCUGCUCGACGUCGAGCGCGGUGCAGACGUUCGAGCUGCUGUACGGGGGCGCCGAGACCGACGACGCGUGCGUCGUCGACCACCACGUGACUGUUCCGGGAGAGCUGGUCUUCGGCGACCCGACGUCGUCGGUGACCGUCGCCCAGCAGCAGCAGCCGUGGGCGGACUGCAAGGCGGCGCUGGAGGCUGCCGCCCUCGAGCUGGAGACGUACGCCGAGAUGGACGUAGUGCCCGGAUACUAGCCGAUGUAGCCCGCCUUAAGUGUGAUCGUUCGAUGCCGCAGUGGGUGGUGUGCUUGCCUCGUUGCCUCUGGACCCUGUAGCAACCUCUUUGUGAGCGAUGUUUAUGACUGUCGAUAUUUACGUGUGUGUGUGUGUUUCCGCGCGCUGAAGUGUGAAAUCAGCCCGCAAGACAUUGAAGUGCUGGCGGAGUACUCCGUCCGAAGCUCGGUGGUUAGAACUUCAGUGGGAAGCAGCCGUGGAGCGUGAAAUUGAUUGUCCUGCACGUAUUGUUGUGUCGUGUCAUGGCCAUGUGUUUAGCGCGAAGGGCGCACGGGUGGACAGCGGUGUAUGCCGCGCCCUCUUUCCAACCGCCAAAACAUAUCCCAGCAUUUCUUGUUGGGUUGAAUCCCCCGUGUUGUUCGCUUUCUCUCCGCGUUCGUGUAAGGCCGGCUUGUGGAAAGAAACUAGCCCGUAUAUCUGUCUGAUAUCCAAGAGCACGAGACAAAGACAAUUAGCUUAGUUACACACAACAAAAGGAUCUGUGUGCUCGUUUUUCACUCUUAUUUGGAGUCGUGCAGAGUCGACGUUUGCUGUCGUCUAGCGUUGCCUAAUUAUUCGCACGUUCGUGAAACAUAGCUAUUAUAGCAGGGGGCGCAAACUAAGCGCAUACACAGACGAAUCACACAGGACGAGCGCCAACACCAUCGGUUUCAUCAUAGGCCUUCGAAAUCCACCUAUCAAAUGCACAGCCUAACCUGAAGACAUAAUCAGAACCGCAAGACAACAGAUGAAAACAGGACGGAAACAGACAAUGGUUUUCUGGGUUUCACACCUCAAGUCCUAACAACGCGCUUUCUGACCAGCAUACAAAGCUACAGGCGGCUCGCUGAAACAUCUCUCUCCGUUUUUUUUUCUUUUCCCAAUGGUGUAGACUUAUAAAAUUUUCCUCGCGACCCCGUUCUUGCUUUUCCCAAUAACCUUUCGAUAAACUUGUACGUUCGAGAAGCGCGGCUUACAUCUGCAGAAACCACAAUACAUGGGCGAAAUUGGUGGGGCGCUCGUCCUGUCUACAUACUCUGUUUGUGUAUGCGUUAGUUUGCGACCAAACGUCUAAAACCCGGAUGAAUUCAUUCCGCAGCCUUCACUGACACGCGGUCGCUCAAUGCCUCGCACAUACUGCACUCGCACGUGAUCUGGUCUAUACUGUAACCUUUAUGACAGCACUGUAUAAUUCUCAUGAAGAGCCGGCAGAUAUGCAAUGUGUUCUUGUGCAUAUUGAAAUUCUGCCAAUCGAUUCAGGUUCCCCGCGAUUAGCAUGGUAUAUAUAGGCUGUCCUCACGCAACUGGACUCUAAACUCCCGGCAACGAAUUAGCUUGUCGCCCCCCUAUUUUUUCACCGCACUGAACAAUCGUGCGAUCGCUAUCUGCUGAUUGACAGAUUAUGCAGAACGUUAAAAUGAGGUAACCCUCACAAGCGUGACAGUGUUCUUGACUUCUUUCCAUAAGCCGGUCCUAGUCUUCCGUGUGGAUCGUUUGCAUGAAAGGCGAGUACUUCUUUUUUUUCAGCCCGCUUAAGCGUAAAUUCGCUUCAGGUUAAGCAGUAGCUGCUGAGCGCAAAUUUAUUUAUCGAUCUUUCCACGUUGUCCACCACUUGCCCACCAGGUUGGACUGCCUUGGUAUAGUAACCUCCGGGUUUAGAGUUGCUUGAUUCCGCACGACAUUGUUAGUGUAUGUGUUUCUAAUGUCCAUGUAAUUACGGUGUAGCUUAAUCCUUGCGUUUUAUUCUUGUGUGUGUGUGUGUGUGUGAGCGUCCCCGCUAUUGUGCUAUUACAUUGUGCAAUCCUCGCAGUCAGAGAGCAUGCGACGUGUGCGUCAUUCUGCAUCCGUUACAUUAGCAAUUUCGACAGCGUUUACCGAAUGGCCCCAGCCUCUUGGAACAUGUCGCCGCUUUCUACCCUGUUCUCUGAAAGAAUCAAACAUGCAAUGCCGUUUCGUGUGGACUGAAUGCGCGUCGUACAGUAUGAUACCACAUCUAUAGCUCGUUAUUUGCUUACCGCUUCUCGAAACUAAGCCUGCGAGAAACAAAAAAAAAAUCAAAGGCGGGCCCACUAUUCAGCCAAACUUCUCCUUAACAGAGGGUGGCUGCUAUCUUAGCAGCAGAGGGCUGCUCCAAACAAGUUUUGGAAAAUAUAUUAUCUCAGUACAGCUAGGCAGCGUUGCCGAUGUGUCAGAUGUAACGGAGGAAAUAUCACAAUUCCCGAAAUCUAACGAGCAGCCUGGUAGCGCAGAAAAGUCCUGCUUCUCUUCGUGUACUCAAGAUACAACAUCAGUGGGCGGGGUAAUUGAGGCUCCGCCCUCGCCUUACGUGUCCUGUAUGAUCCUUCGACUUCCAUGUCCAUUGCUCACACUACCCGUCGUCUAUAUACGCGUGCGCGCGCACAGUGGUCCCACAGUAUGAACUGCCAAACCUGCCCCGCUACAGGUAGAUGGCGCUCCACGUCCAGCCACGCCCCUCGUGGCAGGUCUUCGCUAGCGCGGCUACCUUCGCGUUACGUGACGUGACGUCACCUACAGGAAGCACCCUCCCCCCAUGCGUCACCAUCACAACUUCGUGUACAUUUGCAAAGAAGAGGGGAACUGAAUCCCGCUUUGAAUGUGGUGGCUCUGGGCCUUCCUGCAGAUGACGUCACGUCGUGCGACGCGCCGUGAACAUGCUGUUCGGGGCAGCGCGUCCGCCACGCGUAGUCGCUGCACAGGUUAUUGCGUCACGUCCGGCGGCGGCUCCUCUCCGCGGAGACCGAAGUCCCGGCGACUGCUGCAUUUAACUGCAACAGAGCACGAGUUGCGUCUACAUAGCUGUGCACAGUGUACAGUCCGGGCACCUGUCUUUCGCCGGUGCGAUCGAUAUAUAGAUUGCGUGCGCACAACCACGGCGAUUCAUUCUUUAGAGGGGCGUCGUGCUUAAACCGAUUCUCUUCUAGUGUCUCACAAGAGAACGUAACUAAAUGUCGUAGAAGUAAGAUAUUGCUGUCGUCAGAGAAGUUACAGCGACGUGUAACAGCUCCAGAGCAUGCGCCAUAUAGCUUCUCUAAUUAGUCGUGCGCUUGGGCAAUGGUGACGAGUGUCUAUACCUGUCGCGGCACCCGGGCCCAAUAUUUAUACAAAGGGAAUUUGACAUGCCACGAACUGUCUAUAGAUGCCUUUGUAGACGGCAGCUCAUUGGAAGCCUGCAUACAGAUUAUGCAUGGAUUUAGACAAUCUACAGAAUUGUCUCGAGGCGGUCUAGUCGUUCAAUCGAUAAACACCUGUACGCGUUCUACAGACUCACGCUGUAUAUUCUUAGAAAGGUUGUAACUCUCUAAUGGUCUUAAAAGUUUUUUUUUCGCCUGAUCCCGUGCCCUCGCGUCAUUUUGCGAGCUUCGAAGUCUGACGCCACCAACAACAGCGCCCUCUUACCCUAAAGUUUCGGUUUGUCUUUAUUGCCUGAGCGCAUUUCUUCCGUGGCACAAUACUUAGCUAGUUUGAUUAAAAGAUCUAAUUUCACCCUUCCCUAUAGUAUGCAAGUUAGCAUUAUAUCAUUACACCGGUACACAACACUCAGUGUGGGUCCGGAUCCAGUAUCCUCGCUCACACAGUUGCAUUUGCGGUUAGUGCUGAUCACCUCUACAGACAAUAACGUCUUCUAAAGACGGACAAGCAAAUUUUAUGAUUGCCUUCCAGCGACGACAAAUAGCGACGACAGUCGUCAAGAGAUCACAGAAGCUCAGUUAUCCGGAAGCGUAAAAAGAAAAGAAAGAUGAAGACUCGUGUUUCCAUUUGCGAAUCACACCAUUUACGAAUCCUCUAAUGCCCCAGAGAAUCAACCGUCGAUCCAAGUAACGUCAGAUUUACACGAACCGAUCCCCGCAUCAGGAAAUACAAAAAAGAAAAACAGGUUGCCUCAAGUGCACAAGACGCGUUUGACAACAACGUUCUCAAACCUUAUG